AUGGUGUUUUCCUUUUCAUUUCAGAUAAAUAUCAAACUGAUUCGAUCCGAAUUUCCACCGAAUAAACUGGAAGAAAAUCUAAAGUGGCGGACAUCUAUUUCCUGCUUCCGGUGGAAGAUGUUUACUUCGGGAAAUUUGAUUCCAAAAUUGAUCAACGCUAUCGAAAAGGCUGCAAAUUUUUUCCAAGCCGACUAUGAGAAUAUUAAUGUUGAUGGCUUAUUUGGGCUUCAAUUGGGUCAAGGUCAGCUAAAAGAAUCUUCAGUUUGGUUAAACAAGACGAAUUCAAAAUGGAAGAAACCGGUACAAAUGAUUGUCGACAAAAUGUCGCAGGUGCUGGAGUUGACGCUUGAAAACAAUUUAGCAAACGACAUCAAGUACACGAAAAUGUUUCUGAAUCUUUUGAAGAGACCGUUCCACUUCCAAAGACAGGCUCAGCAAAUCAACACCUACUCAAAGCAAAUCUUUUACCCUAACGUGUCUUACGACGAAGAGAAAGGCGAUACAUGUUUCGCCCAAGUGCUGGGAAGUUAUGUGGAAAAUGGCAGGACAUUGCCGAAGUGCACAGUGACAACGAAAUGUCUAGCGUACAUGAUGUCCCCCUUCGCUUCGGGAUAUUAUAUCACUCACCAGUUACUUUAUUUUAUUUUUAUUCAAAAGAUUGGAUGCGAAGGUUCUGGAAACUUGCAACGUUUCGCUGAACGGCCGACUAUCCGAGAUAUCCAGCGAAAUCUUUGCCGUCGGAUUUACCAAGAAGCCAAAAUGUUAGAAAAAAAUGGAAAAGUAGACACAGAUCAUCAGGAUCUUUUCGCUGAACAAAGUCUUCUAUGUGCUCCCCUUGGCUAUUUAGACUUCUUACGAACUGAUUGGAUGAAAAUGAUCAUGUCGUGGCAAGACCCGAGUGGGUGCUUUGCUGAGAUUCCACCUUUAGAAACAAGCAAAUAUAAAAGAUCUUCUUCUACGAUGCGAAAACUUUUACGAGAAAAAUAUAUGAGCGGUGGAUGUUUGUCUCACAAAUCUGGUCUGUGCUACGGAGUCCUCACGGUAUACUUAAAUUUCUUGAUACAAAACACGGAAAAUAAUGGACAAUAA